ACUGCGAGUCUCCUCUUAAUUUCUAGGUAGCGUUUGGAUCGACUAGGUCUACGUGGUUUCGAGCCAGGAUGCGAAUGUCCUAGGUCGUCGGGAGUCAUCUGGUCGAUAGCAUAUCAGCGUAUUUUCUUCCUUAGACUCCUCGCCUUACGGCCAUCAUCAGUCCGUCGUAACUGACGCUGGCUUCCGCCACCUUUGGUUUCCGAUCGCUAAGGAGGCGUUUACGCCAUGCAGAGGCGUUCCGCAUCACAGGAUCGAGAGCGGGAGCGCGACCGAGAUUGGGACUGGGACAGGGAACGCGAGCGAGACCGAGACAGGGAAAGGGAGCGGGAUAGAGAUCGAGACAGGGUUCGAGAGAGGGAUCGAGACAAGGAUUGGGACCGGGAUAAGGACAGGGAUCGAGGCGAGAGGGAGCGAGAUCGGGAUCUGAAGGAGAGAGAUAGGGAUCGAGAGAGGGAGUCUAGCCGUGAGAGGGAGCGGGAGCGGGAAAGGGACAAAGACGAUUGCAGGGAAAGGGAUUGGGAUAGAGAAAAGGACGUUGGUGGGAUAGGCGAUGAACAUGGUUUGGCAGAUCAAGGACAGAACGAACAGGGUACGCCACAGCAGCUACCGCUUUCCGACUUCUUACAGUCUCAACUGAAGCAGCAGCAGCAGCAGCAGCAUCAGCAGCAUCAGCAGCUAGAGCGCGAGAGAGAACUUGAUUUGGAGCGGCAGCAGCGAAUGAGACCUGGGGUUUCGCCAGGAGGAAGAGGAGAAGGAGGCGGGGGAGGGGGCGGAGGAGCGGGCGAGGCGGGGAAGAGCAAGGGGCCUCGAGAGGCGAGGCAGCUGUGGGUGGGCAACGUGACCACCGAUAUCACCGAGCGACAGCUCUCAGACGCGUUUGGCCGCUUUGGCCAGGUGGAGGGGCUCGCGAUUCUCUACCAGAGGGAGUUCGCCUACGUGGAUAUGGCCACGUCAGCGCAGGCCAGCGAAGCGAGGCGUGUGCUGGCGGGAAAGCCUCUGCGCCCGGGCCUGCUGCCGCUGAAAGUGGAGUUUGCAUACGCCAAGGGGUCAACUGGAGGGGGAGGGUCACAGCCGCCAGCCAGCCAGCCCAAGGAGAAGCCCCCUCGGCCACCGGCACGCCGGGUGGUCUGGAUCGGGUGGGGCCCAGCGCACGUAGUCUUAGAUGAAAUUGAAUCCGAGUUCCGCCGCUUUGGCCCCAUUGAGGACCUCCGCUUCCACCCCGAGCGCGCGUGCGCGUUCGUCGACUACCGCUUCGAGGACGAUGCACAAGCGGCCGUCGCGUCGAUCAACAACGUGCGGACGCGCGACGGCGGGGUUUUCCGAGUGGAAUUCGCGAAAUCAGGGCCGCAUGCCGGGGGGGGAGGAGGGGGAGGAGGAGGAGGGGGUGGUAGCGGUGGUAGAGGUGGUGGUGGUGGAGGGGGAGGAGGAGGAGGCGGUGGUGGGGGUGAUGGGUCUCCGAGUGAGAUUCUGUGGGUGGGGUUUCCCAGCACGAUCACAGUCACAGAGGAGCGGCUCCACGCGGCCUUCUCCCAGCACGGCCAGAUUCGUCGAAUCAAGACGUUCCCCGGGCGCACGUACGCGUUUGUGGAGAUGGCCACGUGCGAGCAGGCCACGAACGCCAUCCGGGCUCUCGACCACGUGCUGUUCAACGACGAGCGCGUGCACAUCCGGUACUCCAAGAGCGAAUUCGCCUUCAUGCACGCGGCCGACCCGCCCUUCUCCUCCCCUGCUGCUGCUGCUGCCUCCGCCGCAGGAGCGCCCGCCGGGGAGGGGGGGAGAGGAGGGGGGCGAGCGCGGGGCGAUAGAGACUGGGAGCGGGAGCGGGAUAGGGAGGAAUGGGAAUGGGACAGGGACAGGGAUAGGGAUUGGGACAGGGACGAGAGGGACGCGAGGGACGAGAGGGACGAGAGGGACUGGCCACGGGGGUUCGAGUCCAAGCGUCCACGAGUUGACGGGCAGUUUGACCCCGACUACAGCGGCCGCUUCUUCGACGACCGCAACGGGGGCCCGCCUCCUCCUCCCGUGCCUCCUGGGGGGAGGAGACACAGUGGCUGGGAUGUUGUUGCCCCGCCGCCUGCUCCUGCUGGUGCUGCUGCCUCUGGACUGCCCAUUUCUUUUCCUGGCUCCGUGCCUCCGGGUCCUGUACCUGGAGGACUGGCUCGGGCGGUUGGAGGUUCGGCUGGAGCGGGCCCGCAUUGGAAAGGGACGCUGGCCAAGGGAGGGAUCCUCGUAUGCCAUGCGCGGGCCAUUCCCAUUGGUCCUGGCAUCUCAGCACCCAUGCCCGACGUGCUCAACUGCUCUGCUCGGACAGAGCUCGACACCCUCGCCAAGCAUGUGCGAGCGGCAGCCGACUUUGGCGUGGUGGCGAUCAUCCCCGAGGCGGAGCCGGACGUGCCACCGUACCACGACCUGGUGCAGUACCUGGGGGACAAGCGCCGGGCCGGAGUGGCCAAGCUGCCUGACGGGUCCACUCUGUUCCUGGUUCCUCCCUCCGAUUUCGCCCUCUCCGUGCUCCAAGUGCCGAGGAAUGAUUCCUUGUUUGGAGUGUACCUCAACCUGGCUCCUCCUGGUGCUCCUGCUGCUCCAGCUGCUCCUGGUGCGCCUGGUGGUCUUACUGCUGCUGGUGUCCGCGCUCCUCCUGCUGCUGGUGCUACCUCGGGUCCUGCUUUGCCCCCUGGCCUCGCGCCUCCUGCUGCUGCUGCUGGUGUGAGCCCUGCUGGUUCUUUAGCCACGCCAGCAGGCAUGCCGUCUCCCUCCUUUGGCGCUGCUGCUGCCCCUACUGGUUUGACGCCUCUGGGACAAGUAGGAAGGCCUCCCCUGCCGCCCAACCAGCAGGGGCAGCAGCAACAGCAGCAAACAGGAGCCUCUUCCCUUAGGUGGCAGCAGCAGCAGCAGCAGCAGCAGAGGCAGCCGGGGGUUGAUUUUUCUGCCCAGCCUCUUUCUCCCCCCCAGCGACCCUCACAAGCACCCAUGCACCCAUCCCUGUCUCCCAUCCCCAUGCACAUGCCCCAAGGCUCGUCACGUGAUCCCUUUCCCCGAGGCCCCGCCUCUGGCCCCGGGUUACCUGGUUACCAACCUCCGUCCUUCGCACCUCCAGUUCCUCCUACCUCUCGUCCUUCCGCCUCCCCCGUCCCUCCUGCUGCUCCUGAUGUGAUAAGACCGCCGCCGGUAGGGGGAGGGCAGCCUGCAGGGGGGGAACAGGCUGGAGGUGCAGGCUUUUCUGGAGCAGGUUUACCUGCAGGGAUCACCCCAGAGCUCCUGGCGUCUCUGUCUACGCUGCUUCCGAAGCUCAACGCCCCUGGCGCUGCUCCUUCUGCUGGCACUGGCGCGGGUGCUGCUAAUGCCGCUGCUGCUGGUGCGCCUGGUAACGCCAUGGGCAUCCCUUCUGCUGGAGCAGGCACGGGUGGGAUGAGACGAGAUUUCUCCCCUGUGCCGCCCCCACUCCCCCCUGCUCCUCCAAUGGGAGGGCAGUUUACCCAGAGGCCGCCCGGCCCUCCCCUCCCCCCUCUUCCCCCCCAGCAGCAGCAGCAGCAGCAGCAGCAGCAGCAGCAGGAGGGAAUGUCCGUCCCCCAGUUUACACCAGAGCAGCUCGCUCAGUUGAGUAAACUGCUGGGUCAGCAGCAGCCGCAGCCGCAGCAGCAGCAGCAGCAGCAGUCACAGCAAACGCAAGAGCAGUUGCCUUCCAGCCAGGGGGGGCAGUGGCAGGGCGGUCGACCUAGCAGGUGGAGCGCUCCUUCAGACAGCCAGACCCCACAAGGAAACCCUUCAGGUGCUUCUCCAGGUAACCUUCCAGGUGCCAUUUCAGGUGCCCCUCCAGGUGCCCCUCUUCCCCCAUCUGCUCCGUCUGUGCCCUUUCCUGGCCCUGGUAUUCCUGGGCCUCCUCCUAGAGGCCACUUUCAAGGGCCGCCACUGCCCCCGCCACAGCAGCAGCAGCAGCAGCAGCCACAGUGGCAGCGGCAGCAGCAGCAGGAGAUGGGAGGGGGUCAGAGGCAGUAUGAUCCUGAUCGGUCGCAGAUGCCUCCUCACAUGCAGGGUGGGCCGAGGCAGGGUCAGGGUCAAAGCCAGGCAGAUGGGGCUGGUUUUGGUGGCAGCGGCAUGAGGGGGGCUCCGGCCUUCGGUGACCGCGGUGGUGGGGGUGGUGGUGGGGGGGGUGGCGCUUGGGGAGGCAUGGCUGCUGGUGGUGGUUCUGCUGCUGCCGGUAGUGCUGGUGGUGCCCCACCGCACUGGGGUCAGCAGGGGCCUUCAGCACCCUUGCCUCCACAGCAGCCUUUCUACCAGCAGCAGCAGCAGCAGCAGCAGCAGCAGCAGGGGGGGGGAGGAGGUUAUGGGCCUGGUUCAGGAGUUCCUUCAGGUGGUUUUUCAGGUGGUUUUUCAGGUGGUUCAGGUGGCAGCAUGGGAGUUCCAGCAGCAGCAGCAGUGGUAGCAGCAGCAACAGCAGCAGGAGGAGGCGGAGGAGGAGGAGGUGGAGGAGUGGGGGGUGGGGGUAUUGAUAUGCAGGAUGAGAGGUUUAAGGCGACUCUGCAGCUUGCAUCACAGCUGCUGCAGCAGAUGAAGCAGCAGCAGCAGCAGCAGCCACAGUAGCAGAUGCCUGCACCAUGAAGCACACAAUGUUACAGCCAAAGUUUGGUCAACCCACAGGGUUAUUGGCAGGUCUAAGCGGCAGCAUCUUUCUUGGAGGACUUGCGCUCAAUGUCAGACAUUGCACUUCGACUUUUGGGGGAUCCCUGCCUGCUGCAUAUCCCCUCCGCGUUUACUCACGAUUCCUGAUUGAAUCCUAGAACAGCAAGGUUUGGACUACAUAGUUAACUCUAGCAAGUAAUGAGCAAAAAGUAAUGUAAAUACAUGUAGCAAAAUUAUGUUAGGCAUAGCAUAGCUAUUUAGAGGACAAUUUGUGGUAAGUGAAUGUGCGUGUAGUCCUAGCCCGCAGCAUGGGCCAAUCAACGUGGCAGUUUUAC